UGGUAUUUGCGUUAAUGUGGCGUGUACGGCUGUGCCCAUCGGUGGAAACCGAGACGACGCCAUUCCUCUUCGACGCCAAUAAGUUCAUGACGCAACAUGACCCAUUGGGUGCGGACGCGAUGUGGUCCGCGGUGUCCGACACAGACUGCGGCAGCGCAGGGAAUAGCGCUGGGGGCAGCGUAGGGGGCGGGGUACUGACAUCGGAGCAGUUGUGGGGUUCUAUGCGCAUCGAUUCCUACUUUGCGCCCCGCCUGCUGCCGCCCACACGUGUUGCAAUGCGCCUCGCAGCGUUCAACAUAUACCUACACAAUGAAAUACCCAAUCUAAACGAGGAGAACUGUAGGAAAUUAGAAGGUCUAUACGUGUCGCGGCCGCUGCGGCGCAGUCACCGCGUGCUGUCGUUGUCCGCGCGCGACGCCGCCGCCCACUUACACUUGGGCUCUGCUCCCGCCGCCCGACGCUGUCUUAUGCACGCCCACUUCUCAAGCGAUAUCUUGGAUUGCACCAUGGGUACUAUGGAGCGAUUUGUAGAGGAGUUUCGCGCGCAGGCUUCAGUAUUGCUGACGCCCGUGCGGGAUUCCGAAGCGAGCGACUGGCGCGUGCGCACGUGCGCGGACCAUGUUUAUGUGUCACUGAACGUGCCACGCGUCUACACGCUGCAGGCGCUGGCCAACGACUGGCAACACGCCUACGCUCAGUAUGUACUGAAUGAAAAUCUUGGUGUGGUGAGCAGUGUGACGGAGGAGAAUGAGGGAGAGGAGGUGAUCGAGGAGGAGGAGUCGCAGCGUGCCUUGCGCGGGUGCGUCUCGUUGUGGUUGCACAACGAGUGCGGAGCCGCACUGCGUGUGUCUCAAAUUGCUACUGAAGAACUUCUUCCGUUGGGGCCUGAUUCUAUGCUUGCAUAUAGAUGGCACUCUCCAAACGAGGCGAAAAAGCUACGAUUCUCUCUCGCCAAUCCAUCUACGGACUGGCACUGGUCUAAUAGUAUACCCUUCGUGGAAGGAAAAUACAUGGUGCGUCUGGAAGAUCCGAAUCUAUGUUUGAAUGGGGGCGGAGCUACGAAUGGCAAAUCAUGCGGGGCUGAGGUUGCGCCGGGGAUCUCUCGACUCGCGCCGGGGGCGGGUGUGUUCAUCUAUGCGCGUGUAACCGAGGUUGGCCCCACGCGCACCAUGCGUUUAACUGGGCGACUCACGCUCGCGAACAUGCUUCGACAUCCACUGCUCUAUAAGGUGCGCGUCCGAUGUGCGACUACGCAGCAGUGGCGUGCUCAGUGUGCGGGCGAGCUGUCUCCCGAGCGCGUCAGCCCCGCCCUCCUCUGCGAGACGGCCGCUGAUCUCUCUCUCAAGGUCAAAUUCUUGUCCCACGAUGCUGGUUGGUCGGGUGAUAUUCCAAUAAAGGAAUGUCCAAAAGAAAAUGUACCAUGGCUGGUUAAAGUUCCGAGUGGCGGUGAGAUGGCGUACGUGUCGGUGUGGUGCCGCGUGUCUCGCGCCAGCUCCGACGGCCGCCUGCUCGCCACCUUCUGGCCGCUCUUCGUCUUACGCUCUCAUCUCUCUCUAGAUACUGAGGUGAUGGUAACAACAGAGUUGUCAGACACCAUUGUGGGUAAGAGUGAGGGGACGGAGGCGGGGGCUAAAGGAGCGGCGCCUGGUCUAGUGCAGACGGCGCUGGGGCGUGGCGCUACCACACAUCUCACCGCGCCCGGCACUACCGCUGCCCGCCAUACUCUCACACUGCAGUAUAAGAACAUAGAUUGUCCAGUUACGCCGAAAGGGGUGCCGUUGCACUACGGCAUCACGCAGACAUCAGUAUUCGACGAGUGCCAGCCCGUACAGGACAUUGACGACGUGCUCCGAGAAAUAAAAACUUGGUUGCGUGAGUGGGGCCGCGAGGCACGGACGGAUUGGCCGUACUCGUUGGUACGUGGGCACUGGCGCGGCGUUUGGCAGCCGGCACUAUUGCAACCACGUACCGACAUCACGGUGCAAUACAGCGCGGUGUGCGCGGGAGGAGGUUGUUCGCUGGCGGCACAGCUAUGGCCGGUGAUGUUACUCGCCAACGCCGCGCCCAUGCCGCUCACACUACGCGCACAUGACGCCGCACCCCUCUGUCGCCUAGAGCCAGGACAUGUCGUCUCACCACCGUCCACUUUGCUAAAGAAACCUUUCUUCCUAUCAUUGGAGAUGGGCCGGGAGACUUUCGUUAGUGAGCCAUUGGUAGUGAGCUCUCAAGAACCCGGGCGCUACGGCGCGCUGCCCUCCGGCCACCUGGCCCUUGGCCACGCUGGACACAUCGCCAUACAUUGCAAUCACAAGGUUGCUUUGUUUACUUUGUAUUUGGAAGUAAAAGAAGACAUGAACAUAUUGGGCAUCACUUCAACUUAUGUUCUCAGAAACGAUAUGGACACUGAUAUUAUGAUAACUUGCAUCGCAGUACCGGAGGGCACGGAUGAUGAAGUGGUACUAAAUCCGAAGUCAUUUAAAGUGAUCCCGCCUUCAAAGGAUAAACGAUGCGUGGGCGAAGCUCUGUGCCGCGCGUGGAUUUGGAGUCGUUGGCGUAGUGGAGCACGUGCCAACACAUUCCUAUGCGUCUCGCUGUCCCACGACAGCGCCGUGCCUGUGCGUCUGGCCACACCCCCUGAGCAUGCCGGCCCCUCCCCACAUGGCGCGCAGCCGUCACGACGAGCGAUCGCACUGCGUGAUCUCAACAACCAAUCUGUACCAGUGGUGGUGACGCAGCACCAUCAUGAUGGCCGCUGGCAGGUGGUAGUGGCACGCGACCCCUGCCCACAGUUCGUCGUGUACAACGCCACGCGUGAAUGGCUUGCCGUAGCUCAAGCCGAUCAGCCUGAAGUAUAUGAUGACUACCAACAAAAUACCGCCUCCAAUAACGUCAAGGCAGUGAGAGAAUGCGAGGGGGCCCGCUGGAUGUGCACGGUGGGUCCGGGCAUGAGUACGCACUAUACGACUCCGGCGUACUGCGCACGCUACCCCACGCCCGCUUCCGACGCUGACAACAGCGACGCUCUCGCUCCUAUAUUCCUGACAUUCGCACGUGCAACAGAGGAUGAACGAUCGCCCAAGUGGUGUGUGCCGGUGGGCGUGGUGAGCGGGGAGCAGCUGGUGCAGUUGGCCGGCCUCACGGUCAAGCUGCGCGUACGCACCUCCCCCCACUCCACUCUGCUCGAUCUACAGCACGUGCAACAGCAUGACAUCUCGGCGAGUGACAUCAGACAGCGUCUGGUCGGCUCCUUUAGCAGCACAACACUUCAUGAAAAACAUAUUGAUGAACAUCGAUCGAUGGAACGAGUCAAUGCAACAGAGAAUUUAAUGGAAAUUUCAAAAUCUCGAUUACGUCAGAAUCAUUUCCAAUCUAGUGGAAAUUUAAAUAUUAGAGAUGAUUUGAUUUUACCACCGAGUGAUACUAACACGAUUCAAUCGUCGAAUGCCAAGAAGUUGGCGGUAGACGUUGAAAAAGGUCCUAAUGCACGAAUCUCAUUGUGUGGUUUGGAGCGAGAGCUGACGAGAAGCGUGCUGGCUGUGGAAAAUGAAGAAUUGGAUAAUUCUCAGGUUUCAAUAGUGCAGUGUCUCUCAGAGGCCGAUCAGUCCAGUUUCAAGGAACUUUUAUACAACGGUGAGACGGAAGAGGGCGGUAACGGCAGUGGGUGGGGCCUGGGUGGGGAGCGCGCCGUGUGUGAGGUACGCGGCGUACACGUACGUCUCGCCGCUGCCGCUGACCGUGUGCCGCUCCUUGCUCUGCAUCUCGACAACCUACUGGCAAUCAACCAUGCAGAUAUGCAUAGGGGUCGAGCGACGAUAUCAGUAUCGUCACUCCAGAUCGAUAACGCUCAGUAUUCAAGCGGGGAGUAUGAUUUCGCGGUUGUGGCUACAUCGCGCGCACCACUGCCUCCGGCCCCGCGCUGGCCGCCGCUUUGGGGUGCUGCGCCGCCUCAGCAGACCAGCGACCAAGAUGUACUCAACCUAGAUAUUAUCACCGAAGCCUGGUUUAUCGCCGAACAAGAGUUUUGUGAGAUAACGGAAGUGGAGGUGCGCGUGGGUGCGCUCGCGCUGUACAUCGAGGACGCGUACGUGCGGCAGCUGGCCGCGCUGCUGCGUGAGGCGUGGCCGGCAAGCGACCGCGAUGAGUGCGCCCACGUGCUCGCCGCUGCGCGUCGCAUACAGCGCCCCCUGCGCCUGCGCUCGCUCACUGUCAUGCCCAUAGAUCUGUUGCUCACUCUGCAUACUGCUGCACACAUGUACAUUGCGUUGGAUCAGAGUCCGCUGCGGCUGGCCGCGUUCCGGCAGCGCGCCAUGGUCACCUCGGUGGAACGACUUACACAUGCUUUCACCGUACACUACCUGUCCGCAGCACUGCUCAGUGCAGGUUGGGUGGUGGGGGGUCUAGAGUUAGUGGGUGCGCCUGUGGCGCUGGCGGCGCGUGUGGUGGGUGCAGGUGGCGGUGUGCGUGGCGUGGCGAGCGCGACCGCAGCCGCCGUACUGCGCUCACUCAGCGCCGCUGCUAGCUCAUUGGCUCGUAACCUCGAUUUGCUUGCUGGUGACAUCGAACACGCAGAGCGAGCGGCCGCCGCGAGGAGACAACCCCCAUCCAGCUUAUUAGCCGGUCUUGCAGCGGGACUCACUAACUUUGCUAUUAAUAUACUUGGUGCUGUGGGCGGUCUCGCACAUCAUUCUGUGGUGGGCGUGUGUGUGGGCGAGGCGGGAGGCGGGACGGCGCUGCGGCGUGGUUUAGUUGGUGCUUUAGCUAAGCCACUUAGCGCCACCGCUGACUUGCUCGCGUACGCUGGCCAAGGUCUACUCGCGCAGACCGGCUGGGAUUUAACGCCUCAGCCAAGAUUGUGGGGCGGUGACGAAGGUGGAACUAGGAUGGGUCCAGCGGGCGUGUGGCAGCGCGAGUGCGUGCGCUGGACGUUCCGGCUCGCAGACUUGCCCGCUCUCUCCGGCUUCCGAGUGCUGCUCGAUAACGCGCCUCUCCUCCUCAUCAUUACACAAAAGUUCCUGGUGGUGGCUGAUCCUCACAAUGAGCGCAUCGUUGAAAUGAUAGAUCUAAAAUCGUGCUCCGUGCAGCCGCUAGAAGGACACGUUGUUGAGUUGCUGGUUAAACAGCGGCGGACUCCUAAGACGCCGGACUCUAACGGGCCAGAUGAAGACAACGAGUAUCAAAUAAGCGCAUCAGCAAUGGCCCGUGUUGCACGGUAUACGGGGGCGGGAUCAGCGGGGACUAGGGCGGAGCUAGACGGCGGGGUUGGCGGAAGCGCGGCGGGGGCGGGGCCAGAAGCGGGCACGCGCACACUGCUACUGCGCACCGCGCCCGGACAAACGUACUCUCUGCAUGCAGCACUCUGCGCAGCUAUACAACACAAUUGCGCCGUACAUUUUCCAUUACUAUAAAAUGUACAUUUCUGACUGUUGUGUUUUAACUUCCUAUAUACAGAAUAAUGCACAAAUUUCAAUGUGUACACAUACAAGAGUUAAGCUCAAUGUAUGUGUGUAUUGAUGCUUUGAUCUUCCAAUUUGAACAAUAUUUAACAUUGACAUUUUAUUGUAAGACUGUUAAGCAUUAUGGAUAUAGUUUAAUUAUAUGAUGUUACAUGCGAGGGCAUGAAUUUGCCAAACUAUAGCAAAGAAUAGGUUUUAAUUUUUUUUUUUAUUGCCGAGAAUGUAAAGCAGCCUGUUACAACAGUAUGCAUUAUAAGUACGAGGUAUGGACAUUUUAUUUAUUGUAUUUUAUUAUCUAUGAUAUUUUUUAAUCUGUAUAAAUUUAUAAUGUUGUCUAUACAAAAUACAUUGACUAUUAAAGACAUUCCUCUCCAUAAUAAGUUUUGUAAAUGUACAUUUUUGAUAAGUUUUUUUUUAAUAUAAUGUUUACAAUGAAAUUUAAUUAGUACAAU